AUGGAGCCGUUGGCGCUGGCGCUCGGGAUAGCGGCUCUGCUGGGACUGUCUUCUGCUGUCUUGGAAGUGGAAGUUGGACAAACGUCAGUGACAGUGAUCCAAGGACAGCAGGCCAUACUUCCCGUCUCGUACACAUCCACCAGUGUCAGCGUACCCUUUGUCACCUGGCACCGGGAAAGACCCGGGGAACGUUUGCAGAUCCUGGCCUUUAUGUAUGACACAACGAAAGUGGAAGACCCCGAUCUCAAGCAGCGCCUUGGAUUUUUGUUCCGUAUGCCUUUUCACAAUGUCUCCCUUGUAAUUAAUAAUACCAAAGAAAUGGAUUCCGGACAAUAUAUGUGCACCGUGAACGUUCCGGACGACAGUACGGUGAAAGGAAGAAACAUUGGACUUGUUAACCUCACCGUUCUAGUCCCACCAUCUCCACCAAAGUGUCAGAUUCAAGGCAGCACCCAGGUUGGAGGCAACGUUACCAUGUCCUGCAAAUCUGCUUUUGGAAAACCAGUCCCAGUUUACCAUUGGCACCAGGCUGAGCCCCGCUUCCAGGUUUUCUUUGCACCCACACAAGACACAAAGAAGGGGCUCCUGAUGCUGACCAAUCUUACUAUCGAGAUGUCUGGGGUGUAUCUCUGCAACUCCUCCAGCAUAGCUGGCCAUUCCAGCUGCACACUCAGUCUGGAAGUACAACCACCGUUCAAUACAGCGGUGGUGGCUGGUGCAGUCGUGGGAACCCUCAUUGGACUUGGCCUGAUCAUAUUUUUUACACUUCAGAUGUUUAUCUACAAAAAGAAAAAGAAGGAAGCCCAAGAGGAUGUAGCCAAUGAAAUCAAGGAAGAUGCUGUAGCUCCCAAGACACUCUCCUGGGUGAAAAAUUCCUGCACUGAUGGACUCUCCAAAAAUGGAACACUGUCAUCCAUGAACACAACCCGGGAUCAGAAAUUAUAUCUGGUCCGCCCCCCCUCGGACACUGCCUCCAUCACCACUGCUGCAGGAAGCAUGGUGGGCUUCAAGGGCCCUUUCAGCGACCCCAGAAAUGGGACUCUCACGCCGACGCCCAGCCUUUCCAGCCAAUCGCUGCCCCUCUAUUUUCCACCAGUGAUUAACGGGGUCCAGUGCCAUCAUGCCAAUGUGCCCAUCCACAGGAAUAACCUCCACCGGACAAACAGGGCUCAGCCACAGGCCCCCCAGCAGCAGGAGCCCCCUGUCCCCACUACUCAAGGGCUAACGGCCUCCACUCUGAAUCGUAUGGGAGCAGUGCCUGUCAUGGUCCCUGCUCAGAGCCAGGCAGGGUCUUUGGUGUAAAUGUGCUGUAACUCCAUAGCUCUGCGUGCGGCUAUCAGUUUGACUCAUCACAAGCAUUGACGAGAGACAGGCGUGCAUUGUGCUGCUUCGCCAGCCUGUCCGCAGAGGCCCAGGGUCUGUGUGUGGGGUGGGGCUUGGAUUUGUUCUUCAAGUGACCAAAUGUCAAGACUUUGCCAUAAGUGAGACCUUAUUGGGACUUCUGAAAUGGACUUCUUUUUUGGGGAGGUAACCAGAAGAGCUUCUGUUUAUCUGUCCAGUCUUAUUCUUCUUGGUGCCCCAGCCCCAUUCCAUCUUCCCUGGGAAUCUACCUAACAGAGACUAGGUUUAACUGGAUAAAAAAGAAAGUUUGUUCUCUAACAUGACUCUUAACGUUGAGGGAGAGAGGCAGGCUGUGGUUUACUCUCUUGGCUUAGAAUAAGAGAAGGAGGUAGAUCUGAAAUCUGUAAGCAAAAUGGGCCAUUCUGUCUACUCCAAUCCUUUUCCAGAACUAGCCCACACAAAAGGAAACCUUUCAGACACUUAGGAAGGGAAGGUAAAGGUAACUGAAACCUACCUGACUCCAUGUCGGAAGUCUAUACACUCUAGAAAUCUGCACAAACCAAAAAGGUGAUAGAAUCUCAGCUGCCAUAUUUCACUCCCUCCAGGUAGACAAUGUUUAUCAGCAAUGGGUAGAGCUGCAGCCAAGGUGGUACUGAUUUUCUUGUGUUUCUUGCCUCCUCCGUCCAUCUUUCCCAGAAGAAACUAAAGGACAGUUCAGUCCCACUGUUGGUUGGGCUAAUGGCAAUUCUUGAAAUCAGUUCAAAGGUCGCUCAUAAACCCUUCGGCUGCCUCUUGAUUUUAGAUCACUACAGUAUGUUAGAGGUGUGCAACUCUUUGAAGACCCAGCCUGUCUGAUGAAGCCACUAUAUAUUAAAUUUGAAGAAAAUAUC